AUGUCAGAGGGUCACCCUACAAUUGAUAGUCGUUUUCAAGUUAAAGAAGUCAUUGAAUUGAAGAAGAUUAGCCUCAGUCUCACUCGUGACAAAUACGACUCCAAGAAUGGGGAAGCUGGCCCUCAUGGCAAUCGCAAGAUCCCUCCUAUCCUUGCAGAGUUCAUCCAUACUUUUGAUCAGGACCCAAAUCGUGCCAUUAAGAGCUUUAUUCAAAAACGUGCUCUACAUUCUGACCAUAUUUCUGUGGCACAUCUCCUGUUUAAGACACCAGAGCUAUCAAAGAGUCAGCUGGCUCUUUUCCUUUCUGAUCCAGCGAAUAAGCAUGUCUACCGAGCGUUUCUGGAUCAAUGUCAAUUUGCAGGAGUCUUGCUGGACGAGGCUCUUAGGACACUGCUAAGCCGGCUUAGCCUCCCAGACAGGGUGAGUGUGCCUCGUAGUGGAGGCUCUACGGAUCGCUCUAAUAGAUGUGUGGGUUAUUUGCUGGAGGAAUUUACUAAACGCUGGUAUGAAGCGAACAUCAACGUGGUUGUGUUUGAUGCUUCGAUUGCCCAUAAGCUCGUCAUUGCCAUGAUCGUACUCAAUGCUCAGCUCCACAACAACGAAGGCGCUAGUCUCGUAAAAGAUAGAGAUGAGCCAACAAAAGAUUCUUUUGUUGAGAACUUCCAGCUGCUAGACCAACAACGAAUCGUCCCUCGGGACACCCUUCACAACAUCUUUCUAUCUAUCAGCCAUCAGCCUCUGGACAUCGAUUCUGAAAAAUUGGAUGAUCAUCCGGGGAACUCAAGCUCGAUACCGUCGAGCUCGCGAAAGCUCUGGCCUAUUAUGAUGUCACCUGUUGUCUUACCGCCAAGGUUGACACUCAAAGUUCCAUCAGACUCUAUUACUAUUACCAUACCGGUGUUAAACCCACAUUUUUCAAUUCAUUUGGGAGGGAGAGACUUGAAAUGUGAGCCCUCAAUUCUCGAAUUUGGGUCACAUCGUAGUCAACAGUUUAGGAUUAUAGGUUCGGUGCCCGGGAAAAAAACCUUGACCAUUCAACCAAAGAUCACAGCGGAGAAAGGGACACCUGAACAGUACUAUGACUUACAUAAUCUGCCGUCCAAGCAUGUGAUCGCAAUUGAGCGUCAAUUUAUGCGACAUACCUUCCAGAUCUCAUUGCUAAAUGAUCUAGGAACAAGACGACGUUACCUAUUUGGAGCUUCUACGGGCGUUGAAAAAGACGAGUGGGCGAGAGCCUUG